CAGACGUCUUCUUCCCCCUCAAACUCAACACUCCUCAUCAGGUCUUCAUCUCACUCAUUAUCUCCAACAAGAAGUCAAGCCACUCAAUUGUUGGCUUGUUGUGAUCUUCGUAGCUGUCUUCAUCAUGGUCGCUGGCAAUAUCAACACUCUCUUGGCCGUUGCCUCGAGCAACAAGGCAUACAACAGGAUCCGAAGCACAGGUCUCUAUUUCACCACUCAGAAUGCCUUCAAGGCACCUCCUGCACAAGCCUAUGUGAAACAAUUGUUUGACGAAGCACCCCAGGCGAGGAAUGACGUGGAGGGCAAGUUAGCCAUCGUGACGGGUGUCACUGUUGGUGGAGCUGGGUACCAUAUGGCUGAAGAAUUGGCUUUGCAGGCUGGUAUGGAUUGCAUUAUUAUGGGCCGAAAUGAGAAGAAGCUCAAGGCAGCCGUUGCUUCCAUCAAAGAAGAAGCCGAAAAGCGUCAGGCCGGAGCACCCACUAUGUACGAGAUCAAGUAUGAUCUAGACAGCCUAGAGUCUGCAACACAAGCUGCGAUGGAAGCUAUCAAGAUUGCCACUGAAAAAUACGAUGGCAAGUUGCAUGUGCUCAUGAACAAUGCCGGUGCUUUCUAUCCCACUUACGGUGUUACCAAAGAGGGUGUUGAGUCAAACACGGGGCGAAACUUUUUGGCCCCUCAUGUUUUGACUGAAAAACUCCUUCCAGCACUUCGCAAGGCAGCUACAAGCACCUAUAAACCCAGGGUGGUGCAUGUUGCCAGUCUAGCUCAUUGUUGCGGACAGGAUUUUGACCCAAAGCGCCUUGUGGAGGCACCUGCGGAAGGAGGCGCUCCUUCUGGGAUUUUUGAGGAAACAGAAGAGAAGAAGUUAGAUUAUUCCAAGGCGACAGGUGCCCUGGCAAGUGCCAUGCAGUACGGCCGUGCCAAGAUGGCUGUCCUGGCAGAAUGCAUCGAAUUGGCCAAGCGAGAGUCGACGCUGGCGGUUGUAGCUUUGCAUCCUGGAUCAAUCAAUUCAAACUUUGGGGCCGGCAUGGGUGUAGGAGCUUGGAUCUACUACAAUGUGUUUGGUCCCUUUCAGUUUUCGCCGAGUCAAGGUGCUCGGGCAGCCCUUCGUGGAUGCCUGGAUCCUGAUCUAAACACGGGUGCCUUGCCUUCCGGUAGUUAUCUGCAUUCGGAUGGCAACCCUUGGGUUCCAGAAGAACCGACCACACUCAACCCGGCCACUGGCAAAGUCUAUACAAUGGAUGACUACGCCAAGGCGACAUUUGAUGCAGCAGAGGAUUUGGUCGCCAAGAUUUCUUCAAAACAGUAAAAAGUAUAGUGUCUAGCUUUAUCAUGCG